AUGGCAUGGGAUGAUGUCGACGAGAUGGCUAGGGAAGCGGAGUAUCGACAGCAGGAGGCACAUAUCGAGAUCACACGCAUAUUCUCGUUUGGGACAAGUACUUGCCAGGUCGUUGUGCGCAGGCAACAAUGGUAUUGCAGCGCGAAGUUCAAUCAAACCAUCACUCUGGGAUUCGCUAGUAGUGAUGAUUGUAUCCGCUUUAUUCAACAAGAUAUGACUAAACUACAAAAUCGAGACGUCGGAAGUAGAAGAUACAUCACAGAUACAGAUAGGUCAGUAGCUCGGGAUGAUCGACAUACAAUCAUCGACGAUGUAUGCCAAACUGUUGCUCCCUUCACGUUCGACCAUCGUCACGCGCAGACGAUUGCGAUUCAACGUGGCCUUUCACGAUCCGAAUUCGAAGAGGAAUUCACUGAACCCAAGUCGAAGUUGACGUUGAUACAUCACUCGACUUCUACUAGUACACCCCACGGAGGGGACCCUGCUUGCCAAUGCUAUCUCAUAUUGCAUCUCUCUGUCUUGACUUGGACUUACGAGCUCAGUGCGGCAUACAUCCACAGCUUUGAGUGGAGUGCAACCAACAUCCCCUCCGCGUGUCCAUCUGGCGCCUGUUCUUUCGGAAAUCUCAGCAACCUUCACCUCAACUUCCCCUCCACGCCAUCUGAAGAUAACUGCGACUCACGGAACUCAGGGGCGCUGGCUUUCACCGUUGCGGCAAGCGGCAUACAAGGCUUGACAGCCACAAACUCCGUCGCUGCCGGGAAUUCUGUUACAAUCACUAGCGAGCAUCGCAAUAUCCGCGUCAACUUCCCCAACGCCCGCACUGUCAGUGUUAACAUCAAUUUUAUCUCAGGUGAUGCCUACUUCGGUGCUAUCACCAGUAGUAAUAUUGGUGGGGUCAAUAACAUGAACGUCAGGAAUUACUCCCUGAGAGUAACAGGGGGAGCCUUGUUCCAUGAUCACCACAACGAUUUCGCCAUCAUCAUGAUAGAUACUGCUUUCAAUCCUGAAUCUGCUAAUGAUGGUGGCAAAGGGGGAGGCGAUGAAAUGCACGAGAUAUGA